AUCUGUAUGUUUGCCAUGGUAACGUCCCGUUGCAGCAAAGGAAGGGAAAAUCAAGAUGGCUAUGUCUGAUGUGGAUGUCAGUAGUUCUUUGGACCACGAUGAAGAGCCUUUGGCUGAGCUCACCGACGAGGAACUUUACAGUCUCGUUCAGGAAACAGUACAUGCCAAUGAUGUUCUCAAAAACGAGACUACGAUGUUUGAAAAAUACCUUAAGAGAGUCGAUCCGAAGGACAUUGGACUCCAGCAAACCGCUACUCAAGGCCCAACCCAACCUGUGAUUGAACAAAGUCAUAGAGGACUUAGAAAAAGAUCAAGAUCAAGAGGACCAUCAUUAGACAGGCAUUUGAAAUUAAAUGCAGAGCAGAAGUGUGACAUUGCCCAGCGUGAACUGGAAGAACUUAGAGAUGAUAUUGAGAAACGCAGGGAUGAAUCUGAGAAGAUCCUUGAUAACUUCCGGGCUGUCAUGGAAGAGGCAGAUAUUCGAAGUGCUGAAAUUAAGAAGGCUUCCUAUGAAUUUGAGAGGGAUGUUGUCAAAGGAGCUGUCAACCAGAGAACCAAUAAAGUUAUUGCUGAGAGAGUCUCAAGAUAUAUUGAAGAUAAACUGAGAGCAAGGGAUACUACAAUUGAGAAGUUGAGACUGAAAAACUCAACACUCAAAGUUCAAAAGAGAAAACUACACAUGCAACUAAAGCAGAAAGAAGAAAUGGGAGAAGUUCUACAUGAAGUGGACUUCAAUCAAUUGAAAAUUGAGAACCAGCAAUACCUUGAAAAGAUUGAUGAAAAAAAUCAAGAUCUUCUCAGACUUAAACUCAUGGAUGGCAAUGUGCAACAAAUCCUCAACACAUACAAGAAAAAACUACACACACUGACAAUGGAGUCCUCAAGGUUAAAACUGGAAAUUCAGCAAAGAAAUGAGCUUCUAUCUAAGAUUGAUACAGAAACACUUAUGGUUGAAAAGGAGCGCACAAAAGCAGAGACAUUAAACUCCAAGUUGAAACAGCAACUUGCAGACUACAAAGUGCCUGAUGUUCUGGAUUAUGUUACUGAACGAGCAGAUCUGUACGAACUCAACAAAACUGUUCACAUGUGGGAGAGAAAGGUUGAAAUAGCACGGAUGGCUUUGAAAACGAAUCAGAAGACUUGGCGCAAACUGCAGAUGGUACAUCAGGAGCAAAACCCCUGGAAAAGCUAGGAGUCACACACGAGUUCCUGAAAUUAGUGUCACACGAUUAAUGCAGUUGAGAAUGCUAGACUGUAAAUAGGAAAGGUUUUACCAAAGCCGUUGUGUAAAAUAUUGUUGGAAUUAACUUAGUAAAUAAAUAGAACUUUUC